AGGAUGGAGAGGGACAUAAGGUGGAGAAUGAUGGACAAAGACGGAGAAGUUUGGAUAAGAAAAAGGGUGGAGGGAGGAGGAGGAAGGAAGAAGAUGGAGAGAAGAAAGAGGAGAAGAAGGGAGACAAGAUUAGAAAGAGCAGUGAGCUGAAAGGAAGAAAGGGUAUGAAGAAAAGUGAAAAUAAUAGCGAGAAAGAGAAGGAGAGAGGGAAGAAGGAAAUGAAGAAAGGAGAACAAGAAGAAGACGUGGUAAAGAAGGGAAGAGAGAAGACACAAAAUCAGCAGCCGAUAAUGGUGGCAGAAUCAACACGCCAGGCAACGUGUGACGGAAAUUUCGACCUUACUUACGGCGACGAGAUGGUCUUGUAUUCCGAAAACGACGGAACCAAGCUGCGUUGCAAGUCUCGAUUCACGAGUCCUGUUGGCACGACUAUGUCUCUGGAAUGUCCCCAGUUCAACCUCAAUGCCAGAGGGUGCCGGAGAGAGCAGCUGAAAGUGAAGGCAAAAGGAGGUAAAGCCAGCAAAUACUGCGGAACGUCGGGUCCUUCCCUCACCACGCCGAAGAACAAGAUCCGUGUGACUUACAAGCGAAAGCAGCUGAGAGAGGGCGAGUGUUCCGGAGGCUAUCUGUGCUUCCUACGCGUCCUGGGAGACAAACCCACGACCACAUCAACGACCACAUCAACGACCACAUCAACGACCACGCCCGGAACGACGACAUUAACAGUCGUCGGGGACAGACUCUUCUGCCCCGCGGAGUGCGGGCGUGCGAACCUCACCGUGCCCCGUAUCGUGGGCGGGCAGGUGGCGUCCCGACUCGAGUACCCGUGGGUGGCCUACAUCACCAUCACGGGCGGAGGCGGGCAGGAAGUGUCUUGCGGAGGCGCCAUCGUCAACAGGGACCACGUGAUCACCGCCGCCCACUGCUUUAGCAACAGGAACGUGCCUACCUCCAUCGUCACUGUCUUCCUCGCCGAGCACGACAUCGACAUCCUGACGGAGACCGACGUCAUUUCCGUCUUCGCGAGUGAGAUCUUCAUUCAUCCUGAAUACAAGGCGGACGGACGGGAUACGGAGGAACACGACAUCGCUCUCCUGUACCUGGGUGGACUCCUGACCUUCGGCCUCGGAGUCCAGCCGAUCUGCCUCGGCACCAAGGACGACUUCGCGGUGGGCCAGGAGGCGGUCCUCGUCGGCUGGGGACUCACGGACUUCGACAACUCCUCGUCCGGAAGCAACCUUCUGCGGGAGGUGGCGGUCAGCACCAUCGACCUUGAUCGCUGCAUCACGCUGUACCAGAAUGCAGCGCAGAGGCAGUUCGUCAACGAGAACAUGAUCUGCACACUGACUCCGGGCAAGGACGCCUGCAGGGGCGACAGCGGAGGUCCUGUCAUAACCCGGGUCGGCGACGUGUGGGUUCUGAUCGGCAUCGUCAGCUUCGGCAACGGGUGCGCGGACCCCUUGGCCCCCGGAGUGCACACCAACGUCGCCAACUAUUUAGACUGGAUGGUUAACUCAACCGGCGGGGUCUUCUGUUAGGCAUUCGGAACGGCAGGAUGCUCUGUUGGACGGCUUUUGAUGGGGGGUGCUUUCUGUUGGUUCAAAAUGGGGAGGAUUCCUGUUAUCAGUUCAAAAUAGGGAAUUUCUGUUGGUCAAUUCAUAAAGACAGGGUUUCCUGUUAGGGAGCUCAUAACGGGGGUGUGCUCCCCGUUAGUCAGCUGAUUCUGUUCUGUUGUGUGAGGAAUGACUUUAGCUCAGAAAUUGAAACAUUAUAUAUAUACAUAUAUAUAUCUUCUCUUAUAAUGUAACUAUUCAACGAAAUCGAGAGCUUGUAAUAAAAUGUAAUUUCCGUUUUAAGAUUAGCACUUUCAAGAUUUUACAACUCGAAAUUUACUGUAUUUCAAAGUCUAUGUAAUAAAAAUAUCUGCAAUUAA